GAAAGUAAAGAAAAAAAAUCUGGUCAUCAGGAAACACAUACCAACAGCUUCAGGUCAGCCCUACACGUAGCCGUUGAUGGGCUGUUUCAGUGCGCGUCCACGCCUCAGGUCUGGAGAUGUCGGUGCCGUCUCCGCGCUCCCGCUGGCGGAAAGAAACCCGUUCUGAAGCUGGAGUGGACAAAAAGGACAAAAUGUUUAGAUGAACAGCCAUCUGUAAUUUGAGCUCGGACAAUCAGUCGACCCCUGAUUGGUCUCUUUUUCCUCCUGAGGAGUUGCUGCCAUCAGCCACUUGUGGGAGACAGAAUCACCAUGGAGACGGUGGUGAUCGUGGCUAUUGGGGUGUUGGCCACCAUUUUCCUGGCCUCCUUCAUUGCCCUGGUGAUGGUGUGUAGACACCGCUACUGCCACCCUCAUGACCUGCUGCACCACUUCGACUCCAAACCCACAGUGGAUCUGAUUGGAGCCAUGGAAACCCAGAGUGAACAGUCAGAGCUGGAGCUGGAUGAUGUGGUCAUUACUAACCCUCACAUUGAAGCCAUCCUGGAGAAUGAGGACUGGAUAGAAGAUGCCUCUGGUUUGGUGUCUCACUGCAUCUCUAUCCUGAAGAUUUGCCAUACUUUGACUGAAAAGCUGGUUGCCAUGACGAUGGGCUCAGGAGCAAAAGUCAAAGCACCGGCCAGCUUAAGUGACAUCAUCACAGUGGCCAAGCGCAUCAGCCCGAGGGUGGACGAUGUGGUUAGAUCCAUGUACCCUCCUCUGGAUCCAAUCCUCCUGGACGCCAGGGCCACUGCUCUGCUCCUUUCAGUCAGCCACCUGGUGCUGGUAACCCGCAACGCCUGUCACAUGUCCGGCAGCAUGGACUGGAUCGACCAGUCGCUCCAUGCUGCAGAAGAUCACAUGGUGGUUUUACGCGAAGCGGCGCUGGCCUCUGAACCAGAACGAAGCAUACCUGGAGCUGAUGGUCAGAGAGAACAGGCCAUUUAAAGCAAAACAGACAGCUACAGCAGUGAAUUUGAAAAUUCUAUAGGCAACUUUUCAAGUUUUACAUUCAGUUUACAAUAAUAACCUUCCUGAGCAGUGAACAGGCUCUGCUGACAGAAGCCAAGACUUGACAGUGUCUCUUAUUUUCACAUCUCACAUUAAGAAGACAGCAAGCUAUAUAUGCACCCAGAAGUACAGCCGACUACCUUGCACACUACAGCUAUGUAGUAAUAUUUGUAAAAUAGAUGUCUUACAUUUACAUAAAGUGUUUUUUGUAUGUAGUUUUAUGCAGAUAGUUUAUAAGCUAAAGGUAUUUAGAAACAUUUCCCCAAGUCUGCCAUUACCUAGUGGUGGGCCUAAAUCCAAUCUAACCAGCACUGCACAGUCACAAGGAGGCUUUAGUCAGCUAAUCCAUUUUGAGGAAAAUAACAUCCAUUAGCCAGUGAACCAGAAGGUGCUCCUACUUAGUGGACCAAUACAAGACUAGCAUGUCUUAUUUACAAUAAUCGAGGUCAAUGUGACCUCAGGAUGCUGGGAAAACAUCCCUUUGAUACUCUCAUAUUGGUAGAAAUCUUUAGAAGACAAUAAGGUACUUUUGAUCAUAUUAGCAUUUGAUUUUUUAUUUAUUCCCUCCCACCCCACCAUUUUAACCAAUUGAGCAGUGCCAUUUAGAAAACAUGGUGUUUUUCUUUUGAAGGUUUCAGCCACCCAGCAGCAUGUUUUAGACAUGGCAUUGUUGGUAAAAAGCUUAACACCCAUAUCUUCAUAUUUAAUUGAUUGACAAUUUAAAAAAUUGGGCUAAUAUUUGUAAUUCCCAGUCAAUUAAUCUUAAACAAUUUGAUAACCUUUAGAAUUUUCACCAUCUCCAUGAAGUUCAAAAAUGGUCUCAACAACUUGGACUUCCAUGAAAUUGGUACCAAUGUUCAUAUUUACAAAAGUACACAAACAUGAAAAGUUUAUAAAGUUUUGAUGAAUUAACUAAUUACCAAUGUUGUCAAUAUGUAAUUUACUUGCUUUAUAAACCAUUGAAAUAAACACGAACUAUGUUUCCUAUUUAGUGCUAUUUGGCAAAUAUUUGACCUGCUAAAUAUUAGUAUGGACAUUGUGGGAAUGUUAGCAUGCUAAUGUUAGCAUAUGUCUUGUGUGGCUGCUCUUGUUUCUUCUGUAAAAUUUCAAAACAGUCAUUACUAGAAAAGCAGGUUGAAAAACAUGAGGAAAAAUUGUGAAGAUUGUCAUUAAAUUAAGCUGUAGCUGCUGUUUUGUCUCUUUACCAUAAAUAAGGAAAUACCUUGUAGCUUCAUUGGAUAAGUGAGUAUUACUUUUACCUAUUAAGUUUUGAUGCAGUAUUCUGAGCCUGUCUGUUUAUUGAUGUUUUAUGUUGUUUUGAGAAGUGCGUUGAUUGAGGUGAGGCAGAAUUAGCGUGUUGUUUUGGAGUUGCUGGGAUGUUAUUAGAGCAUGUCUACCAGCUCAUUCAUGCAUAGCUAAUUGAGAAUCCCUAAGGAGUCCAAAUAAGGCAACACCCACAGACACUGCAUACUGGCCUCGACUACCGUACACAUGGCACAAAGCUUAGUGCAAACAAGCCUGACAGACAAAUUGACAUGUGUGCAAUGGAUGACACGACAUUGUAAAAUAGACAUUUUGAUGACAAUCAUGAAGUAAGAAAGAAAAUUAGCCGUUUGGUUGGUCAGAUCUUAGCAAACUUGCAACUCUGAGCACAAACAAGAUGUCAAUCAAGGAGAAAAUCAUUUAAAAACUUAGCCUUCUGUUUUUGUCUUGUUUACAUCGUUUAUUAGCACUGAUGUUCUCUUUAAGCACCCAUUUUUCUUUCUUUUACAAUGUUUUGUUAAUGUUAUGUUUUCACUUACAUCUUUUUCUUUCACUGACUUGUACAGACACAAUUAUGUCUCAUAGGAAAAUGUCUUUGUGUAUUUGCAUUAAACCAUGUUCCAAAGAGAAUUCCAUGUCCAAUAAAAAGUUCACACACUCAUA